UCGGCAUCAGCGGAGCAUCCUCCUGAAAGAAAAAAAGAGAAGGCGCGGGAUCCCCUUCACCCCGAAGAGCCAUGGCGGAAGCACUCGUCUUGAGAGUAGCUAAACUUCUGGAUGAUUUCCCAAAUGAUGAAGAAUUAUGGAGCGCUGGCGGCGAAGUUUCCGAGCUGAAGAAAACCUUUUCCUUUCUCCGAAGUAUAGUGUCCGAUGCGGAAAAUCGGAACCUCAGAGGACACUGGGAAAUCAAAAUAUGGCUGGGGGAUCUCAAAGAUGCUUUCUAUGAUGCGGAGGACUUACUCGAAGAGUGGAACAUUGAAGUCACGCGACGAGAACCGCUGAGCAUAUUUGAGAAACUGAAGCAGAAGGUAAUUACCUCCUCUUCAACUUCAAAACAAGUUGCUUUAAGGCAGGAGAUAAUCGCCCGUGCGAGGGAUAUUAGGAAGAGAAUAGAAGCCAUCGCUGCCAGAGGGAGGGAUUUGGGCUUGCGAGAGUGCGGGGAGGAUGUGCGGGUAGAGAGAAGAGAGCGGUUGGACUCCUUUGUGUACGAUGAGGAGAUUGUAGGGAGAGAGGAUGCUAAAACCGUAAUUAUGAACUUCUUGUUAGACUCUGACUCUGAUGAACAAAUUUCCGUCCUUUCGAUACGGGGUGAGAGUGGGAUUGGAAAGACGGCUCUCGCUCGAUGUCUAUACGAAGAUGACAUGGUCAAGAAUCAUUUCAAUUUAAGGAUAUGGGUCUGUGUGGGUUACGGAGACUUCCGUUAUCACGAAAGCGAAUUACGAAAAAUCAGAGGAAGAGAGACAACAGAGAGAGUAGAUGACAUGGAGCGACUGCGAAAAUAUCUCCUAGUUAUUGACGAUCUGCCGUAUGUGGAUCCUGAACAAUGGGGGAGCUUGAAAAGUUUAUUGAUGGGAGGUACCCGAGGAAGCAAGAUUCUCAUAACUACAGACGAUGGGUCAGUUGCGGACCACACGAGUACAACCCCAUCUUAUUGUCUUGAGGCCCUUACAGUAGAGUCGUCUUUUGAUUUAUUGAUGAGAAUGGCUUGUCAGGAAGAAGAAGAGACUAGAAAUCCAAUUAAGGUAGAUAUCGGGAGGCGGAUAGUCAAGACCUGUUAUAGAUUCCCUUUGGAAAUACGAACGAUUGGAAGUCUAUUAUUCUCCAAGAAAACUGAAGCUGAGUGGUUACAUUUUGAGGACGAGAUCUUAGAAGGUUCUGCAGGUUUAGGUGACCUCCGUUUACAUCUUAAUCUUAGUUAUAAUCAUCUCCCAUGCCAUCUAAAACAGUGCUUUGCCUUCUGUUCAUUGUUUCCCAGAGACUGGGUGAUUGAUAAACAAAUGUUGAUGAGUCUCUGGAUGGCAGAAGGAUUUAUCCUGCCCAUAGACAAUGGAGAUUGGGACAUGGAAGAUAUUGCUCACGACUAUUUCAUGGAUCUACUCAGUAGGAAUUUCUUUCAAGACUGCAUUAAAGAUGAACUCGGAAAUGUGACAUCUUGUAGGAUGCAUCAUUUAGUACAUGACCUAGCAUGCCGUGUUGCUGGAACUGAGUAUCGAAGAAUUUAUCAUUUACGGUCAUGCCUCGAAGAAAGAGCUCGUCAUAUAUCGUGGGAUUCAACUUUGAAUUUAUCAUGGGGAGAUCCAUAUAUACACAGAGCAUAUCGUCUGAGGACAUUGAUCAAAACUAGUCAAAGAAAAAGCUUGAGGUGUGAAACUCAAAUGGGUGAAAAUUCUCUUCACAAAUUAAUUUCUAGUUUCAAGUUAUUACGUGCCUUGGAUUUGCAUGACAGCGGUAUUGAGAAUUUGCCGAGUUCUAUUUGUGAGUUGAAGCACUUGACAUUUCUAGAUCUCUCUGAAAAUGAAGGAAUCGUAAGGCUUCCUGAUUCUGUGACAAGAUUGGAAACCUUGCAGGUACUUAAACUCAAUAUGUGUUACAAGCUAAAAGAAUUGCCAAGGGAUAUAAGAAAAUUGGUCAACCUCAGGCAACUGGAGAUUAGCAACUGUAAUGCCCUAUCUUAUAUGCCACGAGGGAUGGGUGAGUUGACUCUUUUGCGCACACUAACAGAUUUCAUUUUGCCCGGGGAUGAUUCUUGCCCAGAGAGUUACACUGGGCUAGGGCAGUUGAACAGAUUAAACAAUUUGAGAGGAAGGCUCAGAAUUGAAGUAAAGGGAGAAAUAAAAGAUGUGGUAGCAGAAACAAAUGCUGCGAACUUGAAGGAGAAGAAUUCCUUAGUUUCACUAGUAUUAGUGUGUGCCGGAAAAGAAAGUGAUGAAGUUCUCCUUGAAGAGCUGCAGCCAAGCUUAAAUCUUCAAAGCUUAGAGCUAAGAGGCUAUGGGGGUGCAAUGUUUCCAAGCUGGAUGUCUUGCAUGCCUAAGUUAGUUGAGCUACGGUUGUUUCAUUGUGCAAGAUGCAUAAGUCUCCCACCACUUGGUGAGCUUACUAGCCUCAAGCAUUUGGAAAUUGUUGAGCUACCUAUAGUGGAGUACACAGAAAAUGAUCUUGAUACCCUCUCAUCACUUCCUAAUCUCUCUGCACUAAGGAUAUGGGAGUGUCCUAAUUUAAAAAAUAUUCCGCCACUUCUGUAUCUCAAGCAGUUGAAACUUCCUAGUUUCCCUUUGAAGUCAUUGCAGACCUCAGUUGCUACUGUUGAACAUGUAAUUGGUAUUGAUGAUCAAGUGAAGGAUUUGAUCAAGUUAUUGAAAAUAGAAGAUGAGAAGGUUGGAGUGUGCAUUGUUGGAAUCUAUGGAACUGCUGGAAUCGGCAAGACAACUAUUGCAAAAGCCGUAUAUGACAGACUUUCCUCUUAUUUCAAUAGAUGUAGCUUUCUCACGGACAUUGGAGAAACAGCACAAAAUGUUGGUGGUAUUCAGUUUGUGCAAACUAAGUUGAUAUCCGAUAUUCUUGAGCGAGAAUGCGAUGUUGCUUCUUUCAAAGGAGGAAUCAAGUUCUUCCUGGAUGUAUUUCGCAGUAUAAAAGUUCUUAUUGUCCUAGAUGAUGUGGAAGAACAGUCUCAUCUUAAUGAUCUGGUAGGAGACAAGCUUGACUGGUUUGCUUCUGGAAGUCGAAUAAUUGUUACUUCAGAAAAUGGUGGAAUUCUCCAAAGAUAUGUUUCUGAAGGCAUGGCUCAAACCUAUGGAGUGACUGAGAUGGAUGAUGAUCAAGCUCUUGAACUUUUUUGCAAGCAUGCUUUAGGAACAAAUCAUUUUAUACCUGGCUAUCCUGAAAUUGGGAAUCGCAUUCUCAAAGCUAUGGGGAAGGUUCCAUUUGCUAUUGAAGUUAUAGGUUCAUUUCUGCGUGGAAAAACGACAAAUGAAUGGGGGAAGAUAGAGGACUCGAUGAGACAACGGAGGCAGAACUCUCAAGAGAGUUUGAGGGAUUGCAGAGAGAUUUUGAAAAUCUGUUAUGAAGCACUAGAUGAAAAGCAGAAACAAAUAUUUUGGGACAUAGCAUAUUUUGCCAACGGCGUGGAUAGCCGAAUUGCAUCAUAUAUGUGGUCUGAUCAAGAUCUUUUGCCUUCUCAUGAUGUUUUGAUGCCCCUAGUCAAAAUUGGAGGAGACAACAUGCUGUGUAUGCAUAAACUGUUGAAGCACCUCAGUGGAACUAUAGAUGAAUAUGCUGGAAGGCGGGGUGGGCUAUACAUGCAUGUUUCAGACCUGGAAGUAAUCAACAGGAAAGAGGGAAUGGAAGAGGUGGAAGUCCUCUGCUUUGACUGCAAAAAUAAUCGUCCCCAUACAUUUACUGAAACUAAUUUCAAGAGCAUGCCAAAUAUAAGAUUCUUGCAAUUGGAUCAUGCAAGUAUGGGUGGAAACUUUGCAAAUGUAUUUCCAAAGUUAAGGUGGCUUUGUUGGCAAGGGUGCCCAAGGGAUUUUGAAGCAACAGAAUUUCAUCUGACUGAAUUGGUCAUUCUUGACCUUUCAUGGAGCAAAGUCACCGAAGACUGGGGAGGUUGGAGGAAAAUCAAGAUGGAGCAAUUGAAAGUCUUAAAUCUCACUGGGUGCACUGACUUACUGAUAAGUCCUACGUUUUUUAGUUUCCCAAAUUUGGAGAUAUUGAUUCUAGAGCAAUGCUCUCGAUUGGUCCAUCUACGUCCUUCGAUUGGUGGUCUCAAAAGAUUACUUUGCCUGAAUUUGAAGUCCUGCAUUGAACUCAACACGUUGCCUGCCGAAUUGGGUGGCUUGCAAGCUUUGAAAGAACUCCUCAUUGAUAAGACUUCUGUGGAAAAAAUUCCCUCGAAAGGUGGCUUAAGGAAACUUGAAACUCUUUCUGCCUCCAAUUGCUCAUCGUUGAGUCUCCUGCCCCAUCCAUUUGAAUGCCUGACAUCACUUUCAGUACUCUCAGUUGAUGAUUCAAAGAUUACCAAACUCCCCGAUGGAAUUGGAGAGCUUGUGAAACUCCGACGCUUGUCAUUGAGGAAUUGUCGAUGUAUACGAGAACUUCCAGAGUCCAUUGGCCAAUUAGGAAGCUCUUUAGAGGAGCUGGAUAUAUCGGGAACAGGGGUUUCACAAUUGCCUGAUUCCUUUGGAAAUUUGCAGAGGUUGAGAGUGUUAAAGAUGGACUAUUGCUUCAUUAGAGAAUUUCCUAAUUUUAUUGGGCGUCUACUCAAGCUUGAAGAAAUACAUGCCUCCUCGUGUAGGAGCUUAAAAGGGGAGAUUCCUGGCGACGUUGGGAAGCUAAUUCAUUUGAGAAUCUUGAGGCUGCAAUAUUCCGGUAUCUGCAGCCUACCUUCUGAAGUCAAGCAUCUUUCCAAGCUGGAGACUCUUGAUCUACUUCACUGCGACAGGCUUCAUGAGUUGCCAGCACUUCCAUCUGGUUUGAUUAAUGUUCGUUUGAGUCCAAAGUUGAAGGAAAAAAUGUCUUAAUCUUUAGGAUUUGCCUCUAUUUCUGGAGUUGGUGCUGGGUGCCACGGGCUUCCUCGCAAAUUUUUUUCCAAGACAUUUCAACUGUAAUAGUAUGUAAAUAAUAAGAAUCUUGACCAUCUCA